GUAUUCCUGGCGUCAUCAAAUGCGGGAAUUUAAAAGUGAAUACAGAGUUGUGGCGCUGGAUUUGAGAGGUUACGGAGAAACCGAUGCUCCUACCCACCGAGAGAACUACAAGCUUGAUUGCCUGAUUACAGAUAUAAAGGAUAUCUUAGAGUCUCUUGGAUACAGCAAAUGUGUGCUGAUUGGGCACGACUGGGGUGGAAUGAUCGCCUGGCUAGCCGCUAUUUGUUACCCAGAAAUGGUGAUUAAGCUGAUUGUUGUUAAUUUUCCACACCCCUCGGUUUUUACAGAAUACAUUUUACGACAUCCAUCACAAAUGAUGAAAUCCUCUUUGUACUACUUCUUCCAGAUGCCAUGGUUUCCUGAACUUAUGUUUACAAUAAAUGAUUUCAAGACUCUGAAAAAUCUGUUUACCAGCCCAUCCACUGGAAUAGGAAGAAAAGGCUGCAAGCUAACAGCAGAAGAUAUUGAAGCUUACCUUUAUGUUUUUUCCCAGCCAGGAGCACUAACUGGUCCCAUUAAUCACUAUAGAAACCUUUUCAGUUGCCUACCUCUUCAGCACCAUGAGGUCACCAUGCCUACUUUGUUGCUAUGGGGAGAAAGAGAUCCUUUUAUGGAGGUGGAGAUGGCAGAAAUCACAAGAAUGUAUGUCAAAAAUCAAUUUAGACUGACUAUUCUUUCUGACGCUAGCCACUGGCUCCAACAAGAUCAACCUGACAUCGUGAACAAGUUGAUAUGGACUUUUCUAAAAGAAGAGUCAAGAAAAAGAGAGUGAUCUUCCCCCCCCCCUUUUGCCGACACAAUCUAAAUUUUAAAAGCUCGUUAACUUGUGAUCAGGGCCACAUCUGCAGCCUAGACAGAGCUCUGCUAGAGAAAAUGUUUUCAGUGUACUGUACAUAUUGAUGCCAAUGUUAUUACAAGAAGGUGGUGUAAGACUAUGUAACGUUAAU